AUGUUAUUGACAGAUCUACCAUCCGAGCUCAUACAGCGCAUCAUCUACUUUUGUGACAACGGCACGAUUCGCUCCAUCAUGGCCGUGUCUCGCCAUUUGCAGCAGAAUGUCCUAGCCGUCCUUAAACCCGAAUUUCAGAAGCAGAACUUUGGUCUCUGCAAGAGCCUUGAAGAGUAUGAGAUAUGUAGGUUGGUGGAGAAAGACUGCCCCCAUGGUAAAGCGGCCAAUAUGCGAGUAAUAACGGGCGAUGUGGCCGGUCUAAAACAGUACCUCGAGUGGGGGCUUGACCUGCGACAUUUUGCACAAGGGGGUUGCAGUUUGUUGAGCUUGAUAAUGUGCACUGCCAACCCCGAAAUUCCCGAAUACCUGUUCAGCAACGGACACAUCACAGCAGAGGAUGUUUUCACAGUUGCCUGGCUCGAUGACGAUGUGGUAACCCUCGGUAGCGCGGUGAUUCUUGCAGGAAGCAGUGACAGUGUCAUUCGCUUCGUUGAUCUGGCGGGCUCCGACAUGGUUGCCUCACUGAAUAAAGCUUCUAUGUUUGUGGCAAUCCGUCGCUUGAGCGCGGGUGCGCUGAAGUGCCUUAUUGAAGUUGGCCUUCCACUUACUAUUCGGGAGGAUAUCACCAACAACACGGUGCUUCAUGCUGCACUUGGUAACAUGGAUGCUUCCGCUGUGCUAGAGCUCAUUUUACCUCUAACACCGGAGCUCUACAAUGAGGCCAACGCGGAUAACCUAACAGUCCUCGGCCAGGCGAUUAUGCUCCAAUCCAUGUACGCUGUUCGCACCCUUCUCAAGGUGGAUGGUAUCUCUCCAUCCUCUAACGGUCAUCCCCUGUCGCCAUUGUACAUCGCAGUGUGUAAACAAAAUGCAGAGAUGGUGUUGCUCCUCAUUAAACGCGGCGCCGAUCCCAACGACGGUCGAGGAACAAUACAAGGAACCGCGUUGCACGCUGCAGUGGGGAAUCUUUAUACUGAUAUAUUCGAUCGCAAAGCCCAUCUGGUCUUUAAUUUGCUCUUAGAAAACGGUGGGGAUAUAGAGGUACCGGACCUAUAUGGCGUGACGUCUCGCAACAUGAUGAAUCGCUUGGUCUUUUUCAACUUCGAGAAUCAUCCACAAGUCAUGAGAAGGGGGGUAACACCUAUUUUAUAA